CGGCACCGUGAGGCGCUCACACAUUAACGGGAGGGAAUCAAACACAGAAUUUACAUUCACGGUAAAUAAUCCACACGUUUAACGGCUUGUUUUGUUGUAGUGUGUGCCACCGGGGCGGAGGAGAGACAUCUCUGCCCCACACGGCGGCGGCAGCGGCGGCUGGUUGCAGUUUCCGGGUUUACCGUCUCUGUGCACACGGCACCGGGCUGGUGCAGAGCGCACAGACCCAACGUGUUACUGUUUACCUCCGGUGUGUGCGAGUGUUUUAGGUCAGAGGCAGACACGCGUGGCUGCUCUUACCGCGGGAGCUGGAGAUUUAUAGUUUUCCAUGACUUGAUAUCGCCGCCAAAACCAGGCCGAGUCUCGGCGGCAGCAGGAGGCCCGGGCCUGGGCUGGGGCCGCCCGGCAGAUGCCAUCUGCCAGCAUCCUCCGAGACAUUUAAUCAAACAUCCGCGGCUAGCAGGAAGGCUAACUCAGCUAACUUACUGAUACAAACUGAGGGGAGAUGAUGAGGGAGAAGAGUCGAGCCGCCUUGGCCGUGAUGAUUCUCCUCGCCACGAGUUUGUCCGGCGGCGACUUUUCAGUCGGUUCAGACUGCGGCCUGUCGACCACAGAGACAAACAGCCCGGUGCGUUUACUGUCGGCUGUGGUCGACACACAGAGGGCAGAGCAGAGCCGGAGGCAGCACCUGGAGGCUCUGUUCAACAGAUACGGAGAAAACGGCACCAUCUCUCUGGCCGGGUUGAAUCGUCUCUUACAGAGCGUGGGACUGGAUCGCAUCAGGACUGUUACUGUGCAGCAUCACGAGCAAGCAGGCCACCAUGACCACCACCACCACCACCACCAUCACUACCGCCAUGACAACAACAACUCUCAUCACCACAAACACGUCCACCCCGAGCCCUCGCAGCCCAGGAAGUUUCCAAAGACCACAGAAAAUCACGAUGACGUGCUCGGGAAGAAAACGGAGAACCCAGAGAACCAUCACAACCUGUACGACAAGAAGACCACUGUGACGGCAGCUGAGGAGGUCAGCACCACGGCAGUGUACAGCGCUCAGCUGGUGGUGCAACCAGAUGAAAUUCAUAAGAGACAAGACAGCAGCCUGGAACAGUCCGGUCCUGCAGGGGACAAAACCACCAGCGCAGCUGCUGCCAGGCUGGUCACUGAAAGCCAGACACCAGCAGCUGCAGUCAGCCGGGGGGGUGAUCACGACCAUGACCACAACCAUGACCACAACCAUGACCACGACCACGAGCAUGAUCACGAGCAUGAGCAUGACCACGACCACGACCACGACCUUGAUCAUGAUCACAGCCUGGAGAGUGCAGAGUGUCUGAACGCCUCCACCAUCCUCGCCUCACACGGGAUGUCUCAGGAGGUGGGCGUGACCCUCGGAGACUUCAGCUACCUCUGCCCCGCCCUCCUCAACCUGAUUGAUUUUGGAGCAUGCAUCGAGCACGGAGACGCCUCUGAACACGGGGAGAGAGACCAUAAACAUCAUAAACAUGCUCACGGUCACCAUGGUGACCACAACCACUCAGCCCAUGACCACGGCGAGCGCACUGGCGGAGAGAGUGGCAAGAACAUCGCAACAGCGUGGGUCGGUGGGUUCGUCUCCAUCACCAUCAUCAGCCUGCUCUCACUCCUUGGCGUCAUCCUCAUCCCGCUCAUGAACCGAGUUUUCUUCAAGUUCCUCCUCAGCUUCCUGGUGGCGCUGGCCGUCGGCACGCUGAGCGGCGACGCCUUCCUUCACCUCAUCCCCCACUCUCAGGGAGGCCACCAUCACCACCAUGAGGAUUCUGGGAUGAACGUGGAGGGACAUCACCUCCAUGACGAGCAUGAUGAGAACCUGGACGCUGUGUGGAAGGGCCUGACGGCGCUGGGUGGAGUCUACUUCAUGUUUCUCAUUGAACACUUCCUGACGCUGGGGAAAAUGUACAAGGACAAGAAGCAGAAGAUCCAGAAGAAAUGGGAUCAGAACGACAAAGCAGAUCCAGAGAAGCAGCCCGCUCUGGAAGAGACCGACCUGAAGCCGCCUGAAGACGUGGAGACUAAUGGUGCCGGUGCGUUUGGCGACCACUCGAGCAGCCUGCACGGAGGAAGCGUGGCGGAAGAGGAACAGGUGAUGUUGGCGCCGCAGGUGUCCGUCGUCUCGCCGCAGGGUUACAGCCGAGGGUCGGGCGCUGCCUCCUACACCGCAGAGGACUGCGAGAACAAAUGCCACUCCCACUUUCACGACACAGUGGGCCAGGCCGACAGCAUGCACCACCACCACCACGACUACCACCACAUCCUGCACCACCACCACUCCCAGAACCACCACCCACACAGCCACUCCCACUCCUACUCAGAGCAGCACUUUCAGAAAGCCGGCGUGGCCACGCUCGCCUGGAUGGUCAUCAUGGGAGAUGGACUGCACAACUUCAGCGACGGCCUGGCUAUCGGAGCUGCUUUCACCGAGGGUCUGUCCAGUGGCCUCAGUACAUCUGUGGCUGUUUUCUGUCACGAGCUGCCUCACGAGUUAGGUGACUUUGCGGUGCUCCUGAAGGCCGGCAUGACGGUGCGUCAGGCCAUUCUUUAUAACGUGCUGUCGGCCAUGAUGGCGUACUUGGGCAUGGUGACCGGCAUCUUGAUCGGACACUACGCAGAGAACAUCUCCAUGUGGAUAUUCGCGCUCACGGCCGGACUCUUCAUGUACGUGGCCCUUGUGGACAUGGUGCCCGAGAUGUUGCAUAAUGAUGCCGGGGACCACGGCUUCAGCCACUGGGGCUUCUUCCUGCUGCAGAACGCCGGCAUCCUGCUGGGCUUCGGCAUCAUGCUGCUAAUCGCCAUCUUUGAGCACAAAAUCCAGCUGGACCUGGGAUACUGAAGGAGAGGUGUUAGCCCUGAGCUCUGUGUGCAUUCCAGCGUCUCCAUCGUAGGUGUAGUGUACUUUUUAUUUGUUGUCCUAGAUAGACCGAGCACAGUCGGCUUGAUUUAGUUCAGUUAGUUUUCACAUCACGUCAGAAGUGGAACGUAAUCUGAGGAGCUUCUGAGGAACGUCUGCUGCCUGAGCGGAGAGUUAGUGUGAAAUAUGAGUGAGAUAGUUGUUUCAUUUUGUUGGACUGCAGUUUAAAAACAGGCAGCAGGUCCUUCACUAGUUAGCGAUUCAUUUUUACAACUCAACGUGGAAACAGCUCGAGCAAGCGGCCGUACCCAUCCCAUUUCAUUCAGCUGUUACAGUUCAUCAAAGUGCCAUAACUGAGCUGCUGUUAGUGCAGCACCGUGCUGGGUAACAGCUCACGUCUUAAAGCUCCUCCUGUAGACACUCAGACUAAACUAAGACUUAUACCUUUUCUCUGCCGGAGCUCAAACCGACCUGUUUGAUCCAAAAUCCACAGAAAUCAGAAAGAAAAACCGAAAAUAUUCAGAUGUUCGAAACUAAAACCAGGAAACAGAACAACUCGUUUACUGUCACUGUGUUUAUUAUACUACAGGAGGGACUCGAACAAAAACUGGUACCCAGCACUGGUCAGUGGGCCAUAAAGGACGACACUCACCAACCUCAUCGUGUCAUGUAACGCCUGAGACACGCAGAGCAGAUCCUACUGCCACGUCAGGAAGCUGACAUGUUAGUGACAUGUUAGUGACAUGUUAGUGACAGUCAGAGGCAUUUUGGUUUAACAGAGAGCAAAAGGCGGGAAAAGUCUGACGUAGGUUGUGCGACGCUGCUUCUGUAUGCUGCCUUUAACUGAUGAAAACAAACUGUUAUUGGUGCCAUGCAGACCUGCUGGAAGUCGCCUACUGAUCUCAGCAGAGUGAACACCUGGUGAAGCAGAGCGAGAACACGGAGCUGCUUUACAAGAAAAGACAUGACAGUGUUGUUUUUUUGUUUGUUUUGUUUUUGUUUUUUCUGUAAGUCAUCGGACAGUCUGAGCGAAACACACCAGGAGCAUCAGACCGAGGUGUGUCCGAGGCCUCAGGCACUUCUCCGAUAUAUAACGUUACAUGUUCUUAAACUUGGAAAGUUCAUUUUGUAUGUUCAGUGAAAUCAGCAGGAAAUCCAUCUGAUAAAUGAAGAGUUCAACCAGAUGAAGGAAGAAGUUUCAUAAACUUUAUUAGUUGAUAAUUAACUCACACUGUUUGUUUGCUGGUGAAGAGGAUGACUGUAAUCGUUUCUUUUGAUGGACACUUCAAAAUGCUCUAAUGAAAUUGUGAAUGAUGGUGAUGAAGGACAGAAAGACACAGCUGUCCAGUCGUCCAGACUGUGACGAGGCUUUAGACCUGAGACAGAUGUUAAUGGUGAUGAGGGAACGUGUCAGAUUCACCUCCAUCUGCUGGGAAUGAAACAGAACCUGGGACCAGAGGCCUCGCAGCCCGAUUUACCGGAGGCAACGUGUCAAAACCGUGUUUGUUAAACAUUUUGUGUCAGGAGGCAAAUGAAACAGCUUCUGGUGUCCAGUUAUUUUGCUUUGACAAUUUAAAGACACUGCAAAUGGUCCAAAUGUUCCACAUGAUGAAGGGUGACUGAAGCUCACCAGAGUGUUCGCUUUCUUUUCCUGUUAAGGCUGCCAUGUUUUUAACUGCCUUACUUACAUUCAUUCACCAGAACAUUCUGCAGACUGUGAGAUCCACGAUGGGCCUCAGUCAGACCGUUGUUGGGCCACUGUUUUAUUGUUACAGCUGAAGAGUUAAUGUGGCAGCUCAACACUGAUUCAGAGGAAACUCACCCUUUAAAAAAGCCGGUCGAUCUUUGUCGUGAUUCUCUGUCGCCAUGUUUGUCUUUUUUUAAAGAGGCUGCUCGUAUGUUUAGGUCAAAGAACCAGAUUCUCUCACAGGGGUUUUUAAAAGUGUUUAACUGUUAACUCAUAAAGUUCAGACACGAAACUUUCUGUGUAUAUUACAUGUACAUGUUAUACUGUUUGUGUAUAUUUAUGUAGAAUACUGUACAAGUAUGUGUUUGAUUUCAGUCGCUGACUCUGUAGUUACUCUCAUUGUGCUGUUUGUUGUGAAGAAUGUAAAGAGUCUGAGCAACAUCAUCAUGUUCACCCCAAACAAAAAGCUUCUCAUUCAGAGGAGGAGGAAGUUCUUCUCUCUCGUUUCUGUCUGAAACUAAAUGUACAGUGUGAAUGAAGGGAUUCACAGCAGGUGGAUAAAAGCAUGGACACAGCACAGUCACACAGCUCUGUAGUAAAGAUUGUGGCUGUGGAAUCAUUGGAGAACGCACACAGAGAACCAUGAGAACCAGAGUUUCACUACAAGCUGCUCAAACUGAACAGGCUGCAAACUCUGCCCGGAUACAGCGUCCUUUACCCCCCGAGCAUUUUUUUCUUUUCUUCUUUUAAAAGUUCUCAUAAAAUGUAAUUGGGUUUUUUGUUCUUUAAUUAUUAUUUUUAUUUAUUUAGUAUUUAUUUUUAACUCGAUUAAAAACAGUUUACAGUAAAAAGAUAAAUCCAAGAAACCACAGAACCUCUGGAGUGAAACAUGGUAUAAGGACUGUUUGAAAGAUUUUCACCAUGAGACCAUCUGAACAACAUCGAGGAGGAAGAUGUAAAAAUGCAGGACGUUGGUCCCGUUCUGUCGUCUACUCUUUUGUUCCCAAACUUGUUAAAAUGCAGGAAAACAUUCUGUCUGUGAAGUGAGCAGAGCGACGUCUUCUGUUGUUGUUGCAGCCUCACAGUGAAGUUGCCGCAGUCAGUGGACGCAGCCGUGUGUUCGAGUUUGUACGUUUCUGAACGUCGACCAGAGAAAUAGAGCAAGCUUUUUUACUGCAGAGCUGUUCAGGCUGUGUUUCUGUUAUUUUGUCCACCUCUGUGUCCAGGCAGCUUUGAUGUAGACUCACUGUGCUCGCUGACAUUCCUGAGUUAAAAUAAAGGUGGUCGCCAUCCCAGAAUGCUCUGCCUGAAAGUCUGUUUGUUUGCCUGGACAGUGGAAGGUG